AUGAACUUAUACUUGCAUAAAGAGAUAUCAGACGAUCUAUACAGCAAGUCUAAUAGCAGCGCUCAAAAGAAGAACAACAGUAACAACAACAGUAACAAUAACAACAAAGAUAACAAUAACAAAGACAACAACAUGCAAGAAAUCGUAGUUGCAUCACCAAGUCAGGACUAUGACACAAUGCCAUUGCAUCUGUUCAACAAUGCUGCUAGCAUAACAAAGGUCGACCUGAGCUACAACAAUAUAACGCGCAUUGAGAACAUUGAAAGCCUCACAAAGCUGACGUCACUGGUACUGGACAACAAUCAGGUUGGCAACUCCAACUCGUUCCCAUAUCUACCAACACUGAAAACACUAUCAUUGAACAACAACAAUAUCGAUGACCUCAAGGCAUUCAUCGAAUCGAUCAAAGACAAAUUCCCCAACCUGACACAUCUCAGCUUGCUCAAGAACCCUGCCUGUCCAAACUAUUACUUCACCGGAACCGAUUUCGGAGACUACCAGAAAUAUAGAUACUACAUACUUUCCAAUUUGAAGCACUUAAAGUUCCUGGACUUUACAGAGGCAACAGUAGAGGAGAAGAAGGAGGCAGCUCGUUUGGGUCACUACUCUCUUACUGCCAGACCAACAGCACAAGAUAUUGUAAAGGAUGAGGAUGAGGAUGAUCAGGAUAACUUUAGAGCAUUGCCACAGGAGCUGACUGAGGAGGGCAAGGGAAAGGCCGGAUUCUCUGUCAGCAAUUACGUAUAUUAUGGAAGACAAUCAGAGGGAAACAGAUUCAUCAUGAACGACGACCUAUAG